AUGAAAAGUGCAAGUAUAGAAGUCGCGAAGUCAGGUGCAAAUGUGCCGAUGGAGAAGUCAAGGGGGCUGCUUGGUGCGGGGAUGGGGACUACGACCGGAAGCAGAAGAACGGGGAACCCGAUUAUCCGCCUCGCCGCAGCCGCCAAACGAGCGGGCCGGGAGCGAAUCAAGGAGCGGUGGAUUAAGCAAUGGGACCGGGACAGGACCGGGUUCCAGCUGAGUUAUACCCAGGCUUAG